ACACUUUUUUACCACAUUCAUGAUAAAAGUCCCUCGUCCUCACUUACAUGGGAAAAUCGUUUGAAGAUAGCAGGAGAAACUGCAGGUGCACUUGCAUACUUACACUCUGAAGCUUCUAUGCCAAUUAUUCAUAGAGAUGUAAAAACUGCAAAUAUACUUCUAGAUGAUAAACUCAUUGCAAAAGUGGCUGACUUCGGAGCUUCAAGGCAAAUUUCUCUUGAUCAAACAAAAGUAACCACUUUAGUUCAGGGAACUUUUGGGUACUUGGACCCAGAGUAUUUUCAUACUGGCCAACUAACAGAGAAAAGUGAUGUCUACAGCUUUGGUGUUGUUUUGGCAGAGCUAUUGACAGGUAGGAAGGUAAUUUUUUCCGAUGAGACAGGAAGUGAUAGAAAUCUUUCUAUGUCAUUUGUUUCUACAGUGAAAGAGGAUCGCCUGUUGCAAAUUCUUGACGAUCACAUUAUAAACGAGGACAAUAUUGAGGACCUAAGGGAAGUGGCUAUUCUUGUAAAGAGGUGCUUAAGUGUAAGAGGAGAGGAUAGACCCUCUAUGAAGGAAGUUGCAAUGGAGCUGGAGGGUUUGAGAAUUAUGAAAAAGCGUCGACGGGAAAAGGCCGAUCUCUAUGCAGAAGAGACUGAGUACUUGCUCACUGAACCAAAACACUAUUUUAGCAUUGAUGUUGGCACUGGCACAGAUUGUUCUUCUACCGACACAACUACUGGGUACGAUAGCAUAAGAAACCAUCCAUUGCAACCACCGGAUGAUGGCAGAUAGUAUAGCUGAGACAAAAGAUCAUUUAGUAAAUGUGUUGUUAGUGUGUAAGAUGCCAUGUGUCUGUGCACCUACUACCUAGCUGUUAUAUAAAAAUAUGUGUUACCUGC